AUGUUUUCUCUUCACACUGGGACGUGGAGUGGGUUACCUCGCAAGAAUGAAGCCGCCUUGCGCAAGAAACAGGAAGCUCGUGACAAGGCGAUCGUUGCCGAGGUGGCUGCAUUGGACGAAGCCCACGAAGAUCGUGAAGCCCGUCCCAAGUCACGAGAGACGCUGAUCAGGUGGCAACUGGACACCAGAACCAAGGAUGCGCACCAAGGACGUGUGCUGCCAGCUCCCUGGGCCCCACGGGCGCAGGACUGGGAUGCAAUACAUUUGCAGCUCACAGUGGCCCAAACGUCUCAAGAGGAGGAGCGCAGCCCCAAGACGUGGGACAGAGAAAUGGUUGCCAUGUGUGGUGAGAAUGCAAGAGCAGCUUUGCAUGGGCGAGCCUGUGACUUUGUGGAACCAUAUGUGCCUUUGAUGAAGAAGCACUCUGCAAUCAACAAGGAGAAGGUGAACCUGCUUCACCACCAGCUGCCCUCGCCAUGCAAUGAGCGUGGUUCUGGCUUUCACGCAGCUCUGGAUGGCGGACGGGCCACUGUGCGAUACAACCUGCAGCUAGAUGGACGACGUCCGUUUCUCGCAGGCGCUGCCCGUGGUCGAAAUUUCUGUCGUGAGCCGCGCUUCCUCCCCCAGCAAGACCUGGCCUCGUGGGACCAGGAAAGGGUCAUGGCACCAGAGCGCGCCUACGCUGUGAGUGAUCGAGGCAGGGCCAAGAGGGCAGUGCUUAGCAAAUGA